AUGGUAGGGAUCAUCACCCAUUUUAUAGCCAAGGAAACAGAGGUUCAGAGAGGAGAGAGGACGAGGGAGCAGGUGGGGUUGGAGAUAGGAGAGAGUGGACGUGGAGAGGGGAAGGGGAUGAAUGAUUUAAUAUCAGGAACCCCAACACCUUCCCUGAGGGAAGGUCCUCAGAGGCACCUGGAGCCAGCAGCAAAGGUGGUCACCGGGUCUUCCCUUGUGUCCAACCUCAAGGUCUCUCCAGGUCCAGCUCCCUCUCAGCCGCCCCUGAAUCCCACCUGGGUGCACAGAACACUCAUCCGCUCCCAUGCUGAUUUCCAGGGGCAGCUGGCAUUCCUGGGAGAGCUGAUUCUACUCCAGGAAAACCAGGGAACCAGGGCCCACCUGUGUUGCCUGGAGCGCCAGGGCUGCCAGGACCUGCAGGAUCAGACGGGGUGGAAUCGAUAUGAUUUCUGUAUUGAACAAGAAGCUGGAAUUCUCUUUCUAAUGAAAAACUUUGAGGCAGAAAAGAAAUCUCCUUCUGGCUGCAGUGGAGAUAGGAGAUCCGGCAAAUGGGAAGUCUGGACAAGGUGGUGUCCCUACGCCCACCCAGUCUGGUUGGGACAGUUCCUUGGUUUCCUGAACAUCUAUGACCCUGACUAUACCAAAGCUGUGUACAGUCGAGGCGACCCUAAGGCCCCGGAUGUGUUUGACUUCUUCCUCCAGUGGGUUGGGAAAGGCUUGCUGCUCCUCCAGGGGCCCAAGUGGUUUCAGCAUCGCAAGCUGCUCACACCUGGCUUCCCCUAUGACGUGCUGAAGCUCUAUGUGGCCGUGUUCACCGAGUCUACACGUGCCAUGCUGGACAAGUGGGAGGAAAAGUCUCGUGAGCAUAAGAGCUUUGACAUCUUCUGUGAUGUGGGCCCCAUGGCGCUGGACUCGCUCCUGAAGUGCACCUUUGUCAGAGGAAAGAGCAGACCGGGCCACAGGGACAGGAGCUACUGCCUGGUGGUCAAAUCGCUGCUGAUGCAGCCGCGCUUCGAGCCCUUCCAGUACCACAAGGACUCCAUCUACUGGCUCACCCCGCAGGGCCGCCACUUCCUGCAGGCCUGCCAGGUGGCCCACGACCACGCAGACCAGGUCAUCAGGGAACGGAAGGCAGCCCUGCAGGACACGAAAGAGAGGGAGAAGAUCCAGAGCCAGAGGCACCUGGACUUCCUGGACGUUCUCCUCGGGGCCCGGGAUGAAGAUGGGAUCGAGCUGUCAGAUGCAGACCUCUGGGCCGAGGUGGACACGUUCAUGUUUGAAGGCCAUGACACCACCACCAGUGGCAUGUCCUGGUUUCUCUACUGCAUGGCCCUGUACCCCGAGCGCCAGCAUCGCUGUCGGGGGGAGGUGCGAGAGAUUCUUGGGGACCGGGACUCCAUCCAGGGCGAUGAUCUGAGGAAGAUGACCUACCUGACCACGUGCCUCAAGGAGAGCUUCCGCCUCUACCCCCCUGUGCCCCAGGUGUACCGCCAGCUCAGCAAGCCCGACUUUGUGGAUGGUCGCUGUCUACCUGCAGGUAGCCUGAUUUCUCUGCAUAUCUAUGCCCACCGUAGGAAUAGUGCAGUGUGGCUCGACCCCGAGGUCUUCGACCCCCUGCCCUUUUCCCCAGAGAAUGUGGUUGUUUUUGCCUUCAUUCUGUUCUCUGCUGGGCCCAGGAACUGCCUUGCAUAGCAGUUUGCCAUGAACAAGAUGAAUGUGGUCACAGCCCUCUGCUUGCUCUGUUUUGAGUUUUCCCUGGACCCCUCAAGGCCACCCAUCCAGAUACCCUUCUCCAAGAAUGGCAUCCACCUCCACCUGAAGCCACUGGGCCCUGACUCUGGGAAGUAG